AUGAUGGCCGUCGUCACGUAUACUGCUUAUGUAUUAGGGCUCAGUUGGAAUAUUCUGUUGAAUACAUGGCCAGAGUAUCGAGAACAUUGCCGGAAACCAUACCCUGAAAUCGGGUACCGCGCUAUGGGCAGAAUCGUCAAGAUACUUGUUUCGAUAUGUAUAGAUAUCACUCAAUUUGGUAUAGCCGUAGUGUACCUGUUGCUGGCCUCUAAGAAUAUUCACGACAUGAUCAAGACUUUUUCUGAUGCGGAGUUCAGUUACUGUUUUGUGGUUAUUAUUCUUGCUGUGUGCCUUCUACCAAUAACAUUUCUCAAGUCACCACAGGAUUUCUGGUUAGUUCAUCCGGGAAUUUCUUACAAAGAAAAGUCAUUAGAAAAGGUAAAUUAG